AUGGCCGUACUACAGCAAUUAGUAAGCGAAGCCUCAAGAAGAGCCUCACCUAAUCUUGGGCUUUUGAUCUUUUUUUUGGUCAUCUUAUAUCGCUUUUUGAAGAUAGCAUCUAGGCCUAGAGACUACCCACCAGAUGGGCCAAUAUUCUCCUUGAAAUUAGGACAGUCAACGACUAUCGUUCUGUCCGAUGGUCAGGUAAUUCAUGAUCUUGUUGACCUACGAGAAUCCGACUAUGCAGACAGACCUAAGCUAUGGGUUCGCGAAUUGUUUGAUGGAUCUAGGAUCAUCAUGCGAGGUUAUGAUGAUCUAUGGCGCAUAGAACGCAAACUCUACCACAUGGACCUCAACCUGACUGUCGCAAGGAAAUACCUUCCUUACCAAGAAUUGGAAACACUCCAGAUGCUGACCCAGAUAAACGAUGACCCGGAAAACUUUGUUCUCCAUGUGGGCCGAAUGAUGGGAAGCAUGGCUACGAGUAUCGCAUAUGGGUUUCGUUUGCCCAACACGACGGAUCUUUUAACCCACGAGAUGCUAGAAAACUUGCCUGGGUUCUUUCAUUGUGUCGUCAAGUCCCAGAUCCUGGACUGGUAUCCUUCAUUGAAGCCGUUCGUGAACCUAAUACCUCGCGUAAUGAAUCCAUGGGCGAAAGAAGCUUUAGCUGCAUACCAGGACGAGAAAAGGGUGUUUGAGAGAGCAUAUGAAAGAGGCAUUCAGGGCCGACUUCCAUGUUUUGCCACCGACAUAGAGGCUUCAAAAUCAAAAUCGAGAAUCUUGACUGAUCAUGCGGCUGUCUACAUUUGCAUAGCAUUUGAAGGAGGAGCGGAUACUACUCGGUACACUCUUCAGGGGCUUUUCAAAGCUAUGGCUUUGUUUCCAGAGGCCCAGAAUACAGCUCAAGUUGAGCUUGAUAAGGUAGUUGGGCCCUCAACGUUACCAUCUGGUGACCAUCUCACAUCUCUGAAAUAUAUCCGUUGCACAGCCAGGGAACUUGUGAGGUGGAUGCCUAAUGCAAUCAAUGGAUCUAUACCGCAUGCAACUGUCGCAGAAGACAAAUACCGUGGUUAUCGUAUCCCUUCUGGAGCCGCGGUUGUACUCGCUGUCUGGUCAGCGAGUCAUGAUUCUCAGGACUUUGAUGACCCCAGGACCUUCCGCCCAGAAAGAAAGGAUCCAGAGACGAGCUUACUCGAGGCCUUGAAUGCCCCCUCGCCCAAGAGUCGGGGGUUCUAUGUAUUUGGUUCUGGUCGCCGCAUUUGCCCAGGGAUGCAUGUCGCGGAAAACACACUCCUGCUCGCGAUAGCACGUAUCCUGUGCAAGAUUGUGCAACGUAGUGCUGAACGUAUGGCUAUAAUCGAUAAAGAGUGGGAAAACCUAGCAGCGGAUUGUCUAGAUGCAGAUGAAAAUUACAAGCAAAGUAUGUUUAACAAGCUCUGA